ACUAGUAAUUUGAUUAAAGAUUCUGUUCCAAAUGCUGAUCGUAAUGAAAUUUUUCGUAAGAAAAAAUUCCAUAAUGUAAUGCUAAAUUUGAUAGAAACUGCUAAAAAAAAAAAAGUACCUCUGGAAGUUUGUCGUGAACAUCUUAUUGGUUUGGGUUUUACAGUAAAUUCUUUUUGUGAAGGAAGUGAAGAGGAAUUAAAUUUUCUUAUCAGAUUAUUUGUCGAAAAUUGUGCCAAGAAAUAUGCUGAGAAAUGCAACAAAUGUAA